UAUUUUCUUUGUACCAGCCAGAGAGACAGCACACAACUCAACAUGCAGUGCCAUUUUAAUGGAACUCAGCUGAGCCAAGUCCUCCCUCCACUGUUGGUGAUAGAGAUCAUUCUGGGGCUCCUUGGAAAUGGUCUGGCCCUCUGGAUCUUCUGCCUCCACCUGAAGCCCUGGAAGAGCAGCACGGUGUUGCUCUUCAGCCUGGCGAUGGCCGACUUUCUGCUCAUCAUGGCUCUGCCGUUCCGUGCCACCUACUACUGGUAUGGGCUCAACUGGAUCUUUGGAGAGGCUCUCUGCAACACCAUCCUGUUCAUGCUGGCUAUGAAUCGCAGUGGAAGUAUCUUCUUCUUGAUGGCGAUCGCCGUGGACAGGUACAUGCGGGUUGUGCACCCCCAUCAUGCCAUUAACUCUAUGAGUGUCUUCAAAGCCUCUCUAGUAGCACUUGGAAUCUGGAUAGUCACCAUUGCAAUGACUGCACACGUCUUCAUGUCAAAACAUCUCAUCCUAUCUUCCAAACAUGCCAACAACACGUACUGUGAAAGCUUCAUGGUGGUGCCUGACGCUAAAACCAAUAUGAACUGGCACAAGUUUGAGUUCCUCUUUUCCUUCUACCUGCCGUUGCUUGUGAUUCUCUACUGCACCAUCCACAUUGUCAGCCACCUCAGAGGCAGACAGCUGGCCCAGGAUGCAAAGAUCAAGAAGGCUCUGGGCUUCAUGAUAUUGGUGGUGGUGCUCUUCAUCACCUGCUUCCUCCCGAGCAACCUCACGCAGGUGGCGAUUUGGAUCAAGACCAAUCAGCUGAUCGGAGACCACACCGCAUCGAAAGUCUGUGACGCCUUGGAGGACCUGACCAGGGGAUUCUACAUCUCCAUCAGUCUGACCUAUCUCAACAGCGUGCUGGACCCCGUGGUCUACUACUUCUCCAUCCCUGCCUUCAAGAACAUCUGCCGCAAAGUGCUUCACCUGCCCCAAGAAGAGCAGACUGAGAGCACUGGGAAGAAGCCUCGAGAAACCGCCUCCCACUCACUCAGCCAGCUGUGAUCACGCAGAGAAGAUCAAGGAAAUCCCGUUUUGAUCAAAAGUCACACAUUUCUCUGAAAGUUAUCACGUCAACAAAGUGUUACUUUUACUUCUUAUAUUUAUCAAAUACAACUUUGACUGUGCUUUUCUUUUCAACACAUUUGCUGAUGGUAAGUUAUGAAAUAAUUUGUUCAAACAAAACCGUUAUCCACCUCUGCUACAAGUCAUAUUCUGGGCUAAUUGUAAAAUAUUAAACAUUUUACAGGGGUCGUGAAGAGAGGAGACUUUAAUCAUGUCUGUUACAGAACAGGGUGGACUCACAUCCACUCCAUGAGCUUCUGUUCACACCACACCAAACAAAACUGGCAUUAAAACCACAAAUGUGUCAAACUGAGCAACUGAAUGUCUCAUUUGUGAUUUAUGAAAGAAAGAUCAUGUUAUUCUUCUUCCAAAUGUUACACACUUGCUUGAAAAGAUGUGAAGUCUUAUUUCUCUAUGUAUUAACUGUACUUAAAAAAAAAAAAUCUUCCUUAUGAGCUAUGUGAAAUUGUAAAACAAUUCUUUUUGCCAUAUUGUCACCAAACUACAUAUCAACCCCCCCAAAAGUUUGAUUCAUUCUUAUGAUCGCAUAGGAAUUAAAUACAAUACUGUCAUUACAAGAAAAUUAUACCAUACAUAUGAAAAGACAUUUAAUGGUUGCAUAUAUAUAUAUAUGUAAUAUGGAGAUAAAAAUACUUUUUGUUUAAAAAACUUUAUCUGUAAAUGUAUUGUUUUCCUCUUUGAUGAUGUAUGAAAAAACAAAAAGCUAUGUGUAGUUUGUGAAUUUGACUUGUACUGUAAAGCACUUUGAGUGAUCGAUAAGACUGGGAAAGUGCAAUGUGGAUACAUAUCCAUUUAUUUAGCCCUCCAUGCAACACAGAAAAAAUCUGGACGAACGAAAUUAAACUUUGAUUUUUGCAUUAGAGACUUUGUCACAGCUACAACUCCGAAGCGAGGAGCAAAUAAAGGUUGAUUGAUUGAAACAUGUAGUGAAACCCUUUUCUCUCAUGGGUUAUUUUUUAUGCUUCAAGCUGGAUUUCCAUAUUUUCUCCACCUGAAUCUUUGCAGCUGUUCAAAGAGGCAGUGAUUUAUUAAUUAAUGCAGAUUUUUCAUCGUUUUAUGGAACCAACUUAAAUAUGUUAACUUCAUUGAAAAUAGAGUUGGUUAUAUUUGAAACAUUCAUAUUUUAAAUGGGAAGUACAGUCGAUUAAAUAAAUUCACAGACAUGUAGCUUUUGUUCUGCAAAACAGGCUUCCUCAUACUAUGAACUGUCGGGUCUCCUUAUACAGGGAAGUCUCGAUCGUGAGAAAAUGUAUGUUGUGAUUCAGCACUUUACAAAUUAACUGAAUUGAAUAGAAUAACUAGAAUGGCAUUCUGAAGAGUAGAUACCUCUGCCGGGGCCAAACAGUCAAAUUUCACACAUACACAGUCCCUGAAACGAGCCUGAUCAAGAUCUCUGUAUUAUCGUGUGGAGGUGAGGGGGCUGGGAGAGCAGCCUCACCUCCACCCCAGAGGAUCAAUCAGCGCAGGUGAGAGCUGUUAGCUGAUUGGUCCUCGUGCUUAAAGGGCAGUGUCUGCGCUGCCUCACAGAGGAACUCAGACACUGGAGAGAAUCCCAGACACACACUGAGAGACGCCCGGACUGAACUGAAAAGCUAUUCUGCUUUAUGUUUGAUUAAGUUUAUUUGUGGUGACUAAUAAAGUUUGUUAAAAAGCAACACUUCCGUCUCUGGCUGUGUGUGGCAGAACCCUGUGGCAAGGUACCUACACAUAUUGUUUUAGAAAUUUGCAAAAAUAUAGAAAAACGCCCGAUCUUGCAAUGUUAAUUCUUAACACACAAAUACUUCUUUCUUUCAACUUAAAGGGAUCAAUUGUGUUGAUGUAACUUGUCGAUGUUCAUUGGAACAAACUCUAAGUUUUCUUUUAUGUGUGCAUCCAAAUAAAAAAUAAAGCUUUGAGGUA